CUUAUCUCGCUUUUGUCAUUCUAAAUAAUGCAAUUUGUUGCAAAUAGAAUAAUAGAAAAAGUUGUCUCCCUACACCUACCUAAAACUUCAUCGCUUGAUCCUUGCUGUUGUAUAAUGGUUAAAAAAGGAGAAAAACCCAGCUACAGAAAAAGUUGAACGGGCAAGGCUGAGAGUCCUUUUUCUUACGGAUUUGGCUCCUGCCUGUUCUCAUAGUUCAUCCUGUAGUUUUCACCAUGGGUGCUUCCAGGCCAUUUUUAAGUUACCCAGAAAGGGUUGUUCUUCUAUUUGUUGUUUGAGUUUGCAGUGUUGGUUGAUGAGGAAGAAGGGGGCGUUGACAUUGAGAAGCAUGGAACCGGGCGUCACAGGUUACACACUUGAUCCUGCAAAAUGCAGUGAGAUGAGUUUGGAGGAGAAGCGGCAGCUAGUGUAUGAGAUCUCACAAUGGUCAGACAGUGCACCCGACCUUCUUCAGUCUUGGAGUCGCCGAGAUCUUCUGCAGCUCAUCUGUGCAGAAAUGGGCAAGGAGAGAAAGUACACAGGCAUAACAAAGACUAAAAUGAUUGAACAUCUUCUCAGACUCGUGUCUGAGAAGAAGGCAGGAAAGGGCACUGCUGAUCAAUUGUCCACCACCCCAGCCACACCAGAUUCCAAUCCCAGUAGCUCUAAAAGGCAGAGGAAAAAGGAUAAUCCACUGCGACUCUCUGUUGAUUCAAGUAAUGUGACGGUAAGUAAUAAUGAACCAGAGAACAGAGACGUUAUCCUAUGCCAGAACUUAGUGUGCAGGGCGACUAUGAAGCCAGAGGAUGCUUUCUGCAAGAGAUGUUCUUGUUCUAUUUGUUAUCGUUAUGAUGAUAACAAGGAUCCUAGUCUUUGGCUGGUUUGUGGUUCUGAUUCUCCAAACGCGGAUGAUUCUUGUGGAAUGUCUUAUCAUCUUGAAUGUGCAUUCAAACAUGAGAAGGCUGGCAUCUCUAAAAAUGGGCGGUACCCAAGACUGGAUGGAAGCUUCUAUUGUGUAUCAUGUGGAAAAGUGAAUGGCCUCCUUGGAUGUUGGCGUAAACAACUGUCAAUUGCAAAAGAUGCUCGAAGGGUUGAUAUCCUAUGUUAUCGAAUAUCUCUAUGCCAGAGGAUUCUGAGGGGGACAGAGAGAUAUAAGGGUCUUAAUGAAAUCGUCAACGUGGCUGCAAAGAAAUUGAAGGAAGAGGUUGGACCGCUUCGUCAAGUGUCUUUGAAGAUGGCCCGAGGAAUAGUCAACAGGCUUUCUUGUGGUGCUGAGGUUCAGAAACUUUGUUCUUUUGCAAUAGAGGCUGUUGAUUCCAUGCUGCAAGCAGAUCCAGAGAAACCAUCUACCGAACCAAGCCUAUCAACAAAAACAGCGAUCCCUUCUUUUUCUGUCCAUUUUGAAGAUGUCUCAUCAACAACAGUUAUGGUGAUCCUACAACUUGAAGACAAGAAGUCAUCAGAUGAUAUUACGGGCUGCAGAUUGUGGCACCGAAGUAUCUCUGUUGGUGAAUAUCCAGAAGAACCCAUGUAUAUUUUCCUGGACAAGGAGACAAAAUUCAUGGUAUCUGGUUUGGACCCUUCAACAGAAUACGUUUUCAAGGUUGUCCCGUUUAUUGGUAGUAGAGAGCUUGGGGAAUCUGAAGCCAGGUGGAAAACCGGAGAAAUGCCCAUGGGAGAUAAUAACAUGUCAACCAGUCAGAGUGCCGAGAGGGUCGAUAAAGUGGACUCCGGCUCUACUCUGGAAGAGGAAAAUGUGACUGGUGAACAUGCUUCUGUCAUCCAGGCAGAAUCUCAGAGGGACUCUACCAAUUCCAGUGAUCACAAUCGAGCUCCAAAACGACCUAAAAUUGGCCAUGAAAACCAUUCCAAGGUUCGACCAUUGGAUGAAAUCAGUAACAACAAUGAGUGCGAUAUGCUGAUGGCAAUGGAGAUUGUACCUUUGACAUGCUCAAAUUCGGCACUGCCUGAUACUCCAUGCAAACCAGACAUGGCUAAAGAGCUGCCAAAAUCUGACAAACAGGACACAGAAGGGCAAUAUGAGCAUUGUGUCAAGGUGAUCAGGUGGCUAGAAUGCGAAGGGCAUGUGGACAAGGAGUUCCGGGUCAAGUUCCUAACUUGGUUCAGCUUGAAGGCCACAAUGCAGGAGAGAAGGGUAGUGAGUGUUUUUGUAGAUACAUUGAUUGAUGAUCCAGCAAGUUUAGCCGGGCAGCUGAUUGAUGCAUUUUUAGAUAGGAUUUGCAGCAAAAAGCUACCACCCAUUAUGAAUGGCUUCUGCACCAGACUCUGGCAUUAAGCUGAAGUUCAACUGCCCUCGUGAUCUGGAAAAAAUUGUGCCAUCUCUCUCUCUCAAUUAUGUCAUUAUUAUUCAGUCCUAAAUGUAAUUCGUUUUAUCCCUCUAUGGUUUGCAGAUAAAGCAAACAAACAGUAAUAGAAGGCCACAUAUUUCGAUGUAAAACUGUUUCUUAUAUUUAUGAUAAUUCUGUUACCACUGUUUCUACUGUA